AUGGCCGAGCUGGAGCACUUGGGCGGGAAGCGGGCUGAGUCGGCGCGGGCGCGGCGGGCCGAGCAGCUGCGGCGCUGGCGGGGCUCGCCGACUGAGCAGGAGCCCGCUGACCGGCCGGGCGCGGGGCCGCAGGCUCGGCGCGGGGGCCCGCGGGUCCGCUUCGAGGACGGCGCUGUGUUCCUGGCCGCCUGCUCCAGCGGGGACACCGACGAAGUGAGGCGGCUCCUGGCCCGGGGCGCCGACGUGGACACGGCCAACGUGGACGGCCUGACCGCGCUGCACCAGGCCUGCAUCGACGAGAACCUGGAUGUCGUGAAGUUUCUGGUGGAGAACGGAGCCAGCGUCAACCAGCAGGACAACGAGGGCUGGACGCCCCUGCACGCGGCAGCGUCCUGUGGCUACCUCAACAUAGCAGAGUAUUUCAUUAACCAUGGAGCCUGCGUGGGCAUCGUCAACAACGAAGGCGAAGUCCCCUCUGACCUUGCGGAAGAGCCUGCCAUGAAGGACCUUCUUCUGGAGCAGGUGAAGAAGCAAGGGCUGGACCUCGAGCAGGCGCGGCAGCAGGAGGAACGGCAGAUGCUGCAGGACGCCCGCCAGUGGCUCAACAGCGGCAGGAUCGCCGACGUGAGGCAGGCGCGCUCGGGGGCCACUGCCCUGCACGUGGCUGCGGCCAAGGGCUACUCCGAGGUCCUCAGACUUUUGAUUCAGGCUGGCUAUGAGCUCAACGUCCAGGAUCACGAUGGCUGGACCCCUCUGCACGCGGCUGCGCACUGGGGUGUGAAGGAGGCCUGCUCCAUCCUGGCAGAGGCCCUCUGCGACAUGGAUGUCAGGAACAAGCUGGGCCAGACGCCGUUCGACGUGGCCGACGAGGGCCUGGGGGAGCACCUGGAGGCGCUGCAGAAGAGGCAGGGCGUGCUUCGAAGUGAAAAAGAGACACGAGAUAAGCUCAUCGAAUCAGACCUGAACAGCGAGCUGCACAGUAGACUCUUCAAGAACAAAGAGAAGAUGCUCUGUGAGGAGGAGACGCCCAAGUCCCAGCGAGCAGAGGAGGAGAGCAAAGAGUCCAGCAGCUCCAGCUCCGAGGAGGACGAGGGGGAGGACGAGGCCUCGGAGUCAGAGGCCGAGAAGGAGGCGGGGGACCCUGAGGCUGUCCGUCCGCAGAGCGCGGGGGGCCGCCGCAUGUCAGAAGAUGGCGGGCCGGGCGCCGUCCCCAGCCGUCCCAGCUCUGACUGCAGGAGCAGCGUCGCGGAGCGGACCCCCACAGCUCCGCAGAGCGCCGUCCCCGCCUCUUCAGCCAGGAGACCCUCCAGCCUCUUCAGCAAGCUGGAAGAGACCAGGGAUGAGUCUCCGUGUUCGUGGAGGCUGGGCCUCAGGAAGACCGGCAGCCAGAAUGUGCUGAGCGAGGUCGCCGGGGCCAGGGAGGCCCUGCGGGACCGGGGCGCAUCUGUCCACCGCUCGGCCUCCAGCCCCCGCAUCUCCACCCUGACGGACAGCAGAGAAAAGGAGAGAGAAACCAGAAGCUCCUUGAGCUCACGGGGGCUGCGGAGGCCGGGCAGCGCUAGCGACCUUGAAGAGAAGGAGAACAGAGAGUCGGCUGCUAACCUGGUGUGCAGUGGCUCCCAGCCCCGGCAGUCCUGGAGGGACGCAGCCAAGGGGAGCGAGGCCCCGCAGACGGCCGCUCCCUCCACCUACGUGUCGACCUUCCUGAAAAGGACCCCUUACAGGUCCCAGGCCGACUCCACGGCAGAGAGAGCCGACGGCGUCGCCUGCAGCAGCCCGCUCUGUGUGAUCACGAACCGCCCCCCGCCCAGCACUGUCCGUGGGGCUCCAGCCGCCGCGCCGCUCUGCGCCCCUGGCCCCGAGCCCUCUGCGGAAGCCGGGCAGAGGAGGAGGUCGUAUCUGACUCCCGUCCGGGACGAGGAAGCAGAGUCCUUACGGAAGGCGCGCUCCAGACAGGCUCGGCAGACUCGAAGGUCUACCCAAGGCGUCACCCUCACGGACCUUCAGGAAGCAGAGAGGACGUUCAGCCGGUCGAGGGUAGAGUGUCAGGCUCAGGAGCAGCCCAGCCUGAAGCCCGUGGGUCCCGGAGCACUUGAGGGCGGCCCCCGGAAGCACGAGCCCUUGGCGGCCCCUGCCCAGGAAGCCGGGGAGAGCCACCAGCCCUGGGGCCGGAGCCCGGAGGGAGAGCGUCCAGGUCAGCCCGAGCAGCCCACGGCGCCAGCGUCCCCUUCCGCCCCGAGACCCUCGCUCUACACCAGCUCCUACCUGCUCCGGACGGGUGGGUCCUCUGCCCCCGCCUCGCAGAGCUCAGAGCCCCCCGCAGGCACUGCCGGGACGCGGGACAUGGACAGAAACGAGGGCGGAGAAGCAGAGCCGGGCGACCAGUCCUCCGGCAGGAUGUCCGUCCGCGAGAGGAGGCGGCCCCGGGAGCGCCGGCGGGGCACGGGCAUCAACUUCUGGACGAAGGACGAAGAUGAAACGGAAGUCCCGGAAGAGGUGAAGAAAGCGUGGCAUGAGCGACUCUCCAGGCUGGAAUCUGGAGGCAGCGACGCGUCCACUGAGCGGGCCUCAGCCAGAGCCCGCCGGGAGGCCCGCGAGGCCCGCCUGGCCACCCUGAGCAGCCGCGCAGAGGAGGACGGCAGUAGGGACUACAGGAAGCUCUACGAGAGCGCCCUGACCGAGAACCAGAAGCUGAAGACAAAACUUCAGGAGGCCCAGCUCGAGCUGGCGGACGUGAAGUCCAGGCUUGAGAAGAUGGCCCAGAAGCAAGACAAGACACCUGACCGGUCGUCGGCACUGGAGACGGAGAAGCGGGAGAGGCGGGCCCUGGAGCGGAAGAUGUCGGAGAUGGAAGAGGAAGUGAAGAACCUUCACCAGCUAAAACAGAUUCAGACCUUGAAGCACGUGAACAAGCAGCUGCAGGCUGAGAACCGGGCUCUGACCCGGGUUGUGGCCAGACUCUCGGAGGCCGUCGAGGGCUCGGACCCCCAGGGGCCCUAGUCCUCCCUGCCACUCCAGGUCCUGACAGAGCUGAAGUCCGACAACCAGAGGCUGAAAGACGAAAACGGUGCCCUCAUCAGGGUCAUCAGCAAGCUGUCCAAGUAGGCCAGGCCCGGGCUGCCGGGGACAGCCCGUGUCUGCACCCGCCGGC